AUGGCCAAAAGAGACCACGAUUAUGCGCUCGACGGCGACGACGAUAUUGACUUUCUAUUAUCAUUGGAGCAAAUGGACGACACAGCUGUUCCUGGACUCGACGACUUUUUAAACAGCAAAAACCAAUCAAAGAAAAGCAACAAUGGAAGCUCUUUAUUUCCUUCUGCAUCAGUCAACACUAUUACCGAGGACGACAAUGACGAUCCCUUAUUUUUACCGCCAUCCACCAACAACCGAGACAAGGAGCCACAGCAGCAGCAGUCGUUGAACUAUCCCGAUUCACCCAUAGCUAUGAGCGUGCAUGAAGGCGAUAUGGACGUGGAUUAUAUGGAUGCGACACUCGUAGACAACAACAACAACAUUGACGUUGAUGAAUCACCUUUGGAGAAAGCCUUUCAACAAAAUGUGGGUCGACGAUUACAGCACAAUUCCAUCUUUUCACUCGACGAUGAGGAUUUUGUACCUGAAUCAUCUAUCAAAGCACAAAAGAAGAUCUUGGAGCAUGAUUAUACAAAACGACCUGCUGAAGGCACAUACAUCAUCAGUCAAUGUCCAUUCACUGGAAAGACAUUUUACUUUCCAAAGACCAACAAUCAAUCCACCCACGCCCUCCAGUCGACUACCAACAACAAAGACACUCAUCUUCUCGGUGUCCCGUUUUGGAAGAUUGCCAAACAAGUUGAAGAGCUGAAAACAGAAACGGCAAAGAAGGCAAAGAAGGAAUCAACGGCCCAUGAUGCUGCAGCACGAAAGAAAAGGAGGAAACAGGCACAUCGUGAGAGCUCUGAUAGCAACAUGCUGUGGUCAGAAAAAUACCGCCCGAAAAAGUUCAUGGAUCUACUAGGUGAUCAGCGUGUCAAUCGUGAAGUGCUUCGUUGGGUCAAGGAAUGGGAUUAUUGCGUCUUUGGAAAGUUACCCUCAAGUGAAAAUCAGCGUAAAGCCUUCCGCAAUUACAAAAGCACGUUUGGAUCCGGCCUUGCAGGAAAAGACACGGAUAGUAUGGAUAAGCCCAAAGAUAAGCUUUUACGACCUGAGCGAAAGAUCUUGCUUCUUUCUGGUCCCCCUGGAUUUGGUAAAACGACUCUGGCUCAUGUUGUGGCGAAUCAUUCUGGAUAUAAUGUGGUGGAAAUCAACGCGAGUGAUGAUCGGACCGGCAAUAUCGUCGAGACCAAGAUCAAAGGAGCAUUGGAAAUGCAGGCUAUUAUAAAGAAGUCCGAUGGUGAAAGCACAACGACGUUGGAGCAAAAGCCCAAUUUGGUGAUCAUUGAUGAAAUUGAUGGUGCGAGCUCAGCUGGCGGUGGAGAAAGUCUUAUCAAACACCUGAUACAACUUGCUACGUCGGAUCCAGAUGAAGAGAAGCAGAGAAAUCCAAGAAGGAAACGGAAAACAAUGACACUCCAAAGACCAAUCAUUUGUAUUUGCAAUGACCUGUAUUCAUCCGUAUUGAAGCCUUUGAGAUCGAUUGCACAUUCCCUUCAAUUCCGCAAAACUUCUGUCACCACGAUCGCCAAACGACUCCUCUCUGUUUGUGAAAAUGAAGGCCUUGAGACGGAUGAACGAGCAUUAAGUCUAUUGGUUGAGAUGACGGGAGGUGAUAUUCGAAGCUGCAUGAACGUCCUUCAGCUUAUUCGAAGCAGGAGCGACGUUUUUACACGAGACAUGGUGAAAAAUGAGGAAUUCGGGAACAAGGAUUUGGGCAAGCCAUUGUUCACUGUAUGGGAAGAGAUUUUCAAUGCCCCAAGCGGACGUCAUCAUGGGCCUUUGGCACGAUACAAGACAAUCGAUGUCAACGACAAAUACGUCAGCAAGCUAACACGGUCCAUCCUUGACAAUGGAGAAAUUGAGAGAUUGAUGCAAGGAUGUUUCGAGUCAUAUCUCAAGAUGCGUUUCAAUGAUGUUGGCUGUCAAAAGGUCAUCCUGAUGGGAGAAUGGCUCAACUUUUACGACCUCUUGGACCAUCGCACCAACGUUAUGCAUGAUUACAGCUUUUUCGGUUAUCUACCUUAUCCUAUUACCAAUUUUCAUCGAUUCUUUUCUGGAUCAACGACCCAAGAGCAUCGUGUGGAAUACCCAAAAGUGGACUACGAGGUUUCCGUGGCCAAGAAAUCAUACCAGAAUUUGGUGGAUGCAUUUCUCGCUGGUAUCCAUCCACUUCGGCGGCGAGCCUUGGAUAGAGACAUUGCGAUCCUGGAUCUUGUACCUCGCUUGCUUCGAAUCAUAUCACCCGAUCUAAGACCAGUGAACAAGCAAUUGAUCAAACCUGCAGAAAGAGAAAAGCUGACAAGAGUUAUCCAAACGAUGGUCGAAUAUGGAUUGACAUUUGUGCAAGAAAAGAAUUCGGAUGGCCAGUUUGUCUAUCGACUCGAACCACCCGUCGAGCAGCUUUUGUAUUUUGAGGCAGCUGUCAACGCCAAAAAUAUCCUGUCCAACAAGUAUGCGGUUCGACAAAUGAUUGCACAAGAGGUUGACCUUGAGUUACUAAGACGACGAGAACAAAAGUUCGAGAGCGAAGCAGCAAAAUCAUCGAGCUCAAAAGCCAAAACCACUCCACAACAACCUGCGAAGAAGGCAUCAGAAGAGAAUAUCCCCAAGCGCAUGACCAACUUUUUUGGACAAGCUAUUCAACCCACUGCCCACGACCAGAAUCAAAGCUCAAAGACGGUCAUUACACCAAAAGCGCCCGUCUCAUAUCAUUACCACGAGGGAACGACCAAUGCCGUGAGAAAACCAAUGCCGGUGCAUCUCUUUUUAUAG